AUGUCAGACUUUUACUUUGCUCUGGCCCGCAUAUCAGUGGCGCAACUGCUUCGAGUGGCCGGUAUCGAACGAUGCCCGCCUUCGGUGCUGGACACAAUCACAGACCUGUACAUUCGGCAUCUCGAUCUGCUGGCGACGGAGACGAUGAAUCUGGCGCAUCACGGAGGCCGAUUUGACGCCAUCAUCACAGACGUGGCACAAGCCAUGGCAAACACACAUGUCAUCAAACCAGUGGUGCUACUCGACCCCUACGAUACCGAUCCUCAGGGCGACCAGGGCAUGCAGGACUUUGUCAAGUGGGCCAAGGGACCUGGACCAGCAGAGGCCCGGAGAAUCAGCAGAGUAGCAAACAACACUGGCCAAGCUACACAGCCAGCAGCAGCAAUGGCGCCGUCCACGUACGGCAUCACGGCGAAAAAACAAGAGGACGCCGCCCCCCAGGAAGAGGUGGAGUGGCUGCAGGGACUCAUCAACAAACAGACCAAGAUGGUGGGUCCAGCGCGUUUCAAAGAUACCGUGCUAGGACCGUCAUUCGAAGACAAGCUGGACCUGAAGAUUGCAGGAGGACCCAGUAUGGAGGAGUUUUUCGAAUCGAGACAGGAGACGACCAAGUCGUGA